ACGUCGCGCAUUUAUGUGAGCACGUUAUUUCUUGAGGUCGUUGGUUCGAGUCUCACUCUGGUUAAUUUUUUCCAUGUUUACCCCAAAUCAUUAAACUUAAACCUAGUCAGUUUCCUUUGUGGUUAUAUUAUGUGUAACGGAGAAAGCCAAUGCGUAGUAAAAGAACUGAGACUGUGAGGCUCAAGAAACCCUUGGUAUGUGUGUGAAUGUGAUGUGUGUUGUAUUCAACGUUGUCAUCACCCAACUUCACAUUCUGACAGUUUUGUUGGCUAACCAUCAUGUUGUAGCGAUGUGUAAAUCCUUGGGAAUGUCACAGAAUGCAGCACUCUUAAUCGCUUAGGUGGUGGGGGCUUGACAUUUUUGUAGCAUUGUCUGCACAUACGUAAAACGCUUAUUUGGAACAUAGAUUUGGAAAACAUACAUUUGGACAUAUAUUUCUACCUCCAUGUUUGGAAGAUGCCCACUCGAGUGUGACGGUUUUUGCUGAGGUGUGAAGUUAGAAGCGAGAAAGGAGCUAUAGGAGGCCAUCAUGACCGUGCCGAAUUGGCGGCUGCGGUCGCUGCUGGAUCACCACAUGUUGAAGCACUUGAAACAACCUCAGCCGCUACUCCAAACUCUUCCCUUCUGCACAACUUUCUUCGUCGGAUAAUGGGACCUAAUAGCUGAAUGCAGAGUGCAUUUUGUUGUCUUCGUUUCCCAAGUUAGCUAUUUGCUCCGAAACGCAUUUCAAACCUGCUGAAUAUGGGCUAACCCCUUGACACCACUGCAAAGGUUAGCUGCCUCUGCUGACAGUACAGAUGAAAUUUCUGAUGAUGUUGUCUUUAUUGGUUGGAGUCCUUUGCUGGCAACAUGUUGUUGGACAGACAGUUGUUACGAAUACUAGUCUAGGGCAGAUCAUGGGCGAGAAAAUCUCUAGCUUUGGUUUCCCUCCACUAACCCGUUAUAGUGGAAUACCUUACGCUGAACCACCGAUUGGGCCACUGCGCUUUGCCAAGCCGGUUCCCAAAGCAGCCUGGGAUGGGAUUCUCAACGCUACGAUGUUUGGGCCAAGUUGUCCACAGUUCUUCGUAACUUUUAGUGAAGCACUUGACCAGUUUCUCCCCAAUAGAGAUAUUGACGAGGACUGCUUGACUUUAAACAUGUAUAUACCUGAUAAUGAUAUGGACAUCAUGGGGCCACUCCCAGUUAUGGUGUACAUCCAUGGUGGCGGCUUCGUUAACGGACAAGGAUCGCUGUAUGACGGUACCAUCUUGGCUCUACAAGGGAAGGUUAUUGUAGUCACCAUCAACUACAGACUUGGACUCUUUGGAUUCCUCAGUACAGGAGACGAUUCAGCCCCUGGUAAUUACGGACUUUGGGAUCAAAGACUCGCCAUUCAGUGGGUGAAAAAUAACAUCGCAAACUUAGGUGGUGAUCCAAACAAGGUUACUAUCUUUGGUGAAUCUGCUGGAGGUUGGAGUGUAACCUACCAAAUGGCUUCACCUCUGAAUGACCGGACUCUGUUCCAGCGCGUUAUUGCUCAAAGUGGAGCAGCCUUUCCUGGUAUAAUAACACCAACAGAUGUUGCUAGGUAUCAAGCAUGGAAUCUAGGUGAAGUGCUUGGUUGUAACCUUCCUUAUGGAAGUACUACCCGACACUUAAUCAACUGUCUGAGAGAGUUUGACAUGCAGACUCUGCAAAAUAAUUCCAGCUUCAUCAUUGCGGGUGCUGUUAUAGACGGAGACUUCUUACCAAACAUCAACUACCUGACGUCUCUAUCACAAGUAGGACAAUAUGAUCUUCUGAUGGGCGUGAAUAGCCAGGACGGAAGUGUAAUUUCACUUCAUCAGAGAAGUCUAACAACCGAGGAACUCAAAGCAGCCAUUCUGCUAAUAACAACGUACACCUGUGCAUGCAGCAACCCAGAAGACGUCACAAAUGCACUUCUGACGUUUUAUUACGGAGCAGACAAGUUGGACGACCCAAGACAGAAUGUUCUGAAAGCUAUUGAUGUUGGUGGGGAUCUGUAUUUUGAUAUACCAAGUGUCAACUUUCUCCACCGUCACGUUGAAUCCGCUGAGAAUACCAAUACGUACUUUUAUUAUUUCACAUACGACGUUGGAAAGGAGUUUCUAAUUUCAGCAGAAUUCCUUGAUCUGAUUUCGGGCGCACCCCAUGGUCUUGACAUAUUCUACAUGUUUGGGUAUGCACAAGUCCUUCUUACAUCAAGCUCAGAGGCGAUGAUGCUGGCACAACAGUCAGUACAAUACUGGGCGGACUUUGCUCAUAAUGGAAAUCCAAAUGGGGCCGGUCUACCUGAGUGGCCGAAGUUUAACGCUGAGAACGAGACUUAUCUCAUCCUAGAACCAAACAUCACAACUGGGCAACACCUCAAGGCAGAUAAAGUGGCCUUUUGGAGAGACUACGUCCCUACAAUAGCAGAAUCAAUCUAUUCAGAGACCUGUUCAACUGAAGUCCCGGUUAGAGGAGGAAACUCCAAAACGACCGUCGAUAAAACUGUAGUGAUUACAAGUAAAGAUGGUGAUGUAUUAGGGUCCGUUAUUGGUGCCAUUCGGAUCGCAGACGAGGCGGUGGGUGGUGAAGAGGUAGUCGAGUUUCUAGGAAUACCGUAUGCCAAACCCCCCAUUGGGGAUUUACGAUACCGGGCUCCACAAGAAACUGGACCAUGGGGAGAUGAACCACUUGGAUUCCCUGAUAAACUACCCCCUGCCUGCCCUCAAGACAUCCCACUAGAUCCCUGGAUGGUUCGCGCUGGAUUGACGGAAGUCAGUGAAGACUGUCUAACUCUCAACAUCUACGCUCCACUUGUUGCCAACAACUCUUCCUUACCAGUCGUCAUUUUCAUCCAUCCUGGAGGAGGAACUGUCGGUGCGUCAUCUGUUUAUGAUGCUGUACCUCUGUCAUCUAACAUAGAAGCUGUCGUAGUUGUCAUCAACCAUCGUCUUGGAGCAUUGGGAUUCUUGAGUACUGAAGAUGAAGAAGCUCCUGGUAACUAUGGAUUGCAUGACGCGUUGGCUUCUCUCAAAUGGGUCAGUAAGUAUAUAGGCAGUUUCGGAGGUGAUUCUCACCACAUCACUGUGAUUGGUCAUGGAUCUGGGUCAGUUAUUGCACACUUACUCGUCAUGUCAGAGAAGGUAGAGGGGCUGUUUCAGCAAGCUGUACUUAUGAGCGCCUCUGGUCUUGUGCGUCCUCUUUCGAAUCCUGUCCAACCGAGUCCAAUCGAGCAAGCUAGAAUCCUUGCCAGAAGUGUGGACUGUCCAAUCGAUAGCAAUGAGGUAAUGAUCAAAUGCCUGCGUGAGAAACCUGCUCUGGAUGUUGCAGGGAGCAGCAGGUACUCCCCAUUUGAAAUCCCAUUCCGACCAAUAAUCGACGGUAAUAUUCUGACUGAUGAUCCAAGGGCAUUGUUGAAAUCAGGAACAAUCAACAAUGUAGAUUUGAUCAUAGGAAUGACCCAGGAUGAAGUCUCUGCAAUUUCAUUCCCACUCUUUUUCAGCAACGUAAGUUUCUGUCCAACUCAAGAGGAAGCUGAAGGCAUCAUUGCAGUCGUUAGUCGAGCUUCAUUCAAUAACCCUGAGAAGGCUGCCAUAGCUUUCUCCACGGAGUAUCUUGGAUGGAAAGGCAUGGAGGACGAGUGUCUUACAAGAGGGAGUGUCAGGCAGUUUAUGCAAGAUAUGUUGACUGUGUCACCCACAUUGGAAGCAGCUGAGCUUCAUGCUGCUUUGGGAAAAGAAGUUUUUCUUUAUUUGUUCGAUCACAAACCAAGUUCCCACUAUUACAGCUACCUUCCCCCACAAGCAGGACCUGCUUUUGCUGACGAUCUUCAGUUCCUGUUUGGAGAUCCUUACAGCUCCCACGUGGAUGAAUACAAGCUCACCUACCGACUCCAGGACAAACAGAUGAGCUUAGAGAUGAUGACCUUGUGUAAGAACUUCAUUCACAAUGGGAAACCAGGCGUAUCUCGCUCUGGAGUUGAGUGGCCACGUUUUGACAGAGAGAACCUCGCCUUUAUGUCUCUGACUGGCUGUCCUGAAGUUCAAUCUGGUUGGGAUUACGAUUGGCCCCACCUUGUGCAGUUCUGGUCCAACCUACUACCGUCUAUCACAAUGCUGUCGCCCUCAGCCAAGCCGACCAACUACCCAGACACCACCGAUCCAACAGAGCCCUGUCUUGUUGGGAAGGGUAUCGGGUUGAACUUGACCCAAGAUGAAGCAACUUUCCUGAUUGAAGUUCUUGUGGGGGCAUUAAUAGGAAGUUUGAUUUUGUCUGUUCUUUUCCUUGGUGGUUGUGUGGCUUAUAAGACCCGUUCGGCCCAAUACGAAAAGCAAUCAAAGACUGUGUAUCAAAUGGAUAACUAUGAUAAUUCAGAUGAACGGAGAUUAUUUUAAGUUCAGUUUAUGUAUAAGUCACCGUUAGAGGGCGCACCAUGGACUUGCUCAUUAGGGACUUGAGAGUGCACCACACUAAUAAACUCUCAUAUUAUAGCCAAUGCCAAGUAUUCAUAAACACUUCAAGUCUCCAACCUUUUUGUAAACCAAUCAAAUAAUUAUUAUAUAUUUAUUUUUUUGACAACUUAUCUUGAGAUUUCUUUUCAAAUUUGAGCAAGCUAGUCGGUUGGAGUUUUUGCCAAAUACCCAAAGAACAAACACCGCCAACAAAAUUAAAGAGUUUCAUUCCUUUUCAAAACCGACGUGUAAGGGUAAGAUUGCAUGUUUUUUUACCAUGCCCUACAAUAAAUAAGCAGACUAUUAUCUUGCUGACAGUAUCCCUUUAUAUAGAAGAGUUUGCGGUAACACCAUGUAAUAACAAUCUAUAAAUGAACACCUCGUG